ACGCGCGGUCUUAACCUAAACAGUGCUGUACAAGUGAAGUUUAUGAGCGAUGUAAUGGCCAUAGAAUGUCUGCAAGAGAGCUGAAGAUGCCAGAUUCUCUCAUAUAUUGUAUUAUUUUGCGCAGUGGGCAUACUUUUGAUGAAGAAGUUUCGUCUUAAUAAUGGACAAAAAAUCAGGAGGGUCGGAUCUCCAAAUAUCCGCAUUCCGCAGAUUCAAUGUUGAUUCCGAAGGACCCACAGUUCAAAGAAGUACAGUCAGAUGUGCAAGAAUUGAAGAGCUAAGAAUAAGACUCCUGGCAAGAAAGUUCUUCAAAUUAUGGAUGCUGAACACCUUUGGUCGAAUCCUUCCUCAUAAAGCCAAGAUUCAUCAUGACAAUGUGCUGCUGAGAAAGACAUUUGAAGGAUGGAAAGAGGAGUGGUGGACAUCUGGAAGGGAGUGGAGUCUUUCAUUUUGUGCUAAGUACCAUUACAGAUAUUACCUGCUUUACACGACAUUCCAAAGCUGGCAAAUGUAUACAUCACUGAAAGUAGAAAAGAAGAGCAAAAUUCAAAAAGCUCAAAGAUUCGCUGACAAUCGGCGGGUACGUCAGUUUUGGGACAAGUGGCAGCUUUUCAUUCACAAAAGGAGGCUGAAAAGCAGAGCACUUCAAUUAGCUCGAGACCAACAUAGGCACACAAUGCUUAGGUCAGUGUGGCGUCUGUGGCAGAUGAGGCUGCAGCAGCAUAAAAAUAUUUGCACUUCCAAGGACCAAACCUUGAAACAUGGGGGACUGAAUCUACAGAGCGAGAAGGAGAAAGAAUCCAAAGCUUCACAUCAUUUUGGAAACAGAGUGGAAAAGAAGUCAUUGGACGAGUGGCAAAGUUUUGUCUCCAGUCGCAAGCAUAAGAAACCCUUGAAAGAUUUAGCAGAGCACUUCGCCCGUCUUCAUCUGAUGAGGAUGAGCUGGAGCGUGUGGAGGAAGGAAUGGCAUCGCAAACAGAGCGAGAAAGAGUGUUUGCAAUCCAAAGAGCUGCUGUCUACUCAGCUAAAACCUACCUGUACAUCUGGAUUGUUAAGCUCCUCAGCAAAUGUGACAUGGCAUGAAGAAGAAGCAGAAGGAGGCCAAAUGCAUUUGAGGUUGUGGAAAGAUCAUUUCAAGGAGGCUGAAGACGAACGUAUCAAAGCUCUAACAGACAUGGCGUUGAAAAACUAUAGAAAAUACCUGUUGGGUCACUGUUUUGACCACUGGAGGAGGAAACUUACUCAGCAAAGACAUACACAGGAGCUGGAGUGCCGUGCCGAUAUUUGGUUUGCAGAGCACUUUUUGGCACGUUAUUUUAACUUGUGGUGUAAGUAUAUUUCGCACAGAAGACUGAAGAAAGAGAGGUGUCACAGGGCAGAUAUCUAUAAUAAGCAGCGUCUGUGCACGUGUGUGUUGUCCACCUGGAGGCAACGGUCAAACGAACGCAAGGAUGAGAUGCUGUCACUUCGAAUAGCCAUUCUUCAUGAAGAACGAGGCCUUGUGCAGAGAGCCUGGCUGCGCUGGAGGAAACGGACAGUCCAGCAGAUUGGAAAAGUGAAGGAGAAGCAGCAGGCAUCGGAACAUCAUUACCUGCAAACGCUUCCAAAUACCUCUUUAGCACGGAGUAAAAGCAAGACCACUGAGUUACAUGUCAGGAACAAAGAGCAGCAGGUUUACAGUCAAGGCACCCUAUGCCGUGUAACAUGGGCUUUGGAAAGGUGGAAAAAGUUUGUUCAGAGACAAAAAUUGGUCAAAAGCAGACAAGAGCAGGUUCAGCAUUGCAACGAAAACACAAUUCCUAAGAGCUUGAAGCUCAAGGACAGUUUCAGAACAUCUGAGCUGACUGAACGAGCACUUUGGCAUUGGGCCCUCACACUUCAAGCCAAGGUGCUGUAUAGGUGGUGGCUGUGGGUCACAGAGCAGCGCAGUAAGAAGGUGGAGGCAUUGAAAGAGGCUCAGGUGAACAAAAUCCUGCUGCUGAAGGUCUUUCAGGCUUGGAGAGAAGAAACAAUGCGUGCAGUGUUUGAAAAAAGGAAAGCACUCAACACGACUCAAAGUUCUGUAAAUCAAGUGACCCUGUUGCAGAAAGAGCAAAUUGGCACAGAAAAAGCCCGGAAGCAUUACAACUCCAUUCUGCUUCGUAAAGUGCUGAGAGCAUGGAGCAAGCAUCACUCCACAUGCAUCAAGUUUAAGGCGAUGAAACAGCAAGGAAUCUUGUUUCUGAAACGUAAAAUGUACCAGACCUACUUUGCACGAUGGAGGAGAAAGCAUCAGUUAAAACUCAAGGUGUCUGAGCAGACAGAGCAAGCACUCUGGCAUUGGGCCCUCUCGCUUCAGGCUAAGGUGCUGUAUGCAUGGAGACUGUGGGUCACAGAGCAGCACAGAAGGAAAACAGAGGCAUUGGAAGCGCUUCAGAUGGAUAAAGAUAAGUCACAAAUUGCAGACGUGACAUACAGUGAUGACAAGAACAACACCAGGAGUCUGCCUGAGCCUGGAGUGCACCAAGAUGACGAUCCACCAAGUCCACGUAUUCAGAGGGUGUUAAAGCGUGUGGCCAUGAAGUGGAAGCAACGAGCUCUUUGCAAGCCACUGAAAAAGAGUGUGACCUUCUGUUUUCCUGAAACAAAACAUGAUUCGCCAUCUGAGUCUGAGGAACGUGACAUAGAUGACAGCAUGCUAAUCCGUCCCUUAAUGCGACGCCAGCCUCGUCGCUGUGAGGAACUGUUCGAGCCACUUAAAGCGUUUCCAUAUGAUGGCAACACGACUGUGGCAGCACAUUUCUUCUGCACAGACAGAUCUUCGUCCCUACAUCAUUCUUCUAUUAAUUUCAGCGCCACAUGCCAAAACAUAGACGUGGUUAAUUUGCCACUCCAGAAAGGUCCCGUUUGUAUUAUGGAGCAACCUGAGCCACCGUCUGAGCUGCUCCUGCCGCCUUCUACUUUCAUGAGCGCAGAAAGUCAGUUGGGAUGUGACAGUACCUUCAGCCCAAAAACAGGACCAGGUUUGGAACCGAGUUCAUCAACACCUUCAGUAUCUCUUCAAGAUGUACACCCAAGAGAAUCAAAUGGAAGUUCAGAAACGGAUACAACUUUAUCGCUGUUGACGGAGCUAAUAAGCAUCCAGCAGGACAUGAGGAGCUUCCAGCAGGAAAGGAAGCAGCUCAGGCUCUGGCAGAGAGUUAAAGACGUGUUGCAGGGUUGGCUGCAGACCAGUGGAAAAGAUGAGGAAAUGGAAAGCAAUGCAGUUUGGCAGCAGGUGAAGGAGCUUGAAGAACGCAUCGAGAGACUUUCUUGUGAGCUGGCAACACGAAGACUGACAAUGCGUUUUCAUGUUCAAAGGAUCCAACAUUUACAAUCUGUCCUCGACUGCUAUGGAUUUUCUUCACUGUAUCGGCAAGUGCAAAUGCAAACAUAACCUUAAGCAUGGAUAGAUAGCAGUUUAGGUCUUCUGAGGCUACGGGUCGGCAACCAUUUGUACUCAAAAAGCCAUUUGUAAACAUUUAUAUAUGCUCAUGUACAGUUAAAGCUAAAAGUUUACAAACACUGUGCAAAACACAUGAAAUCUUUUUGUUCUCACUGUCAGAAGGCAAAAAAGACUAGACCUCUCCUGUUUCAGGUCAAUCAGGAUUACUGAAAUUAUUUAAUUUUGUCCAAUGCCACGAUAAUGGAAGAGAGAAUUUCUUAGAAACUUUUUAUUACUAUUUUUACUAUUGUUUUCUUGGAGGUCAAAAGUUAAAAUAAACAAAAGGUGUCUUUAAAGGACACGGGAAAGUCCAGAUGAUCAGGUCAUGCUUUGAAAGCUCCUCAUAGGUUAACCAACAACAUGUGAAUUCGUUGACGGCAGACCUGGGGAUAAAUUUAAGGCCACGCCUCAAAAACUCUGCUAUUUUCUUUGAAAUUAUGAUACAAUAAAAAGAAAUGGGCCAGAAAAUUAGAAAGGAAAAACAUGGAGCUCCAAAAGUCUGGCUCAAGGAAUGGGCCAGGAUUCCAGCAGAGUACUGUCAGAAGCUUGUUGAAGGUUUGCAGUUCAAAGCAAAUACUACUGAACAUUAGGGAAAUAUAUGUAAACCUUUGAUUUUGAAGAAAGUAAUAUAAAAUUAUGUCUGUUUUUAUUGUGGCAUUUAACAAAGUUAGAUAUUUCAGUAAUGCUGAGUGACCUGAAACAGUCUGGUUUGACUUCAGAAAGAAAGACAAAAAAUAAAAUGUGUUUUUGCAUCAUCACAUUUUUUCCUGCUGUUAAAGGUGGCUUCCAAUAAACUCCCAUUUUUAGCAUUAUUAAAA